AUGUCAUUGCAAGUAAUCUACAUUACCCGCCAUGGAUUCCGGUCCAACUGGCUUGUCGACCCUGCAACGGGCAGUUACACGGCGUCCAUACCAUCCCCUACAGGAAUUCCAUCGGAUCCGGCCCUGACAGCACACGGCGUCGACCAGGCUAAGGAACUGGGCGCUCACCUCAUGACCGUUGACCCUCCCAUUGAAGCCGUCUAUUCCAGUCCUUACUAUCGUUGUCUCCAAACCAUCACACCUUUCGUGUCUCUUAAGGAGGAUGAGCUCAGACGCCUCGGCGAAAAAGCCGCAGGAGCUGAGAGUGAUGCUGCCGUUAUUCGUCCCGAGCAUGGCCUCUGCGAAUGGUAUGGGGCCGCCCCGUUUGAGCAUCCGACGCCGGCUUCGCCGGAAGUGUUGAAGCCCAUGUUCCGUCACUACGACGAGACGUAUCAGAGCCGUGUGUUUCCCGCCCGCAACGGCGAGACAAUCGACCAAUUGCACGACCGCCUCGCAGCCGCUGUUCAAGCCAUAAUUGAGCAAUGCGACGCCCAGGGCAAGCGCGCUGUAGUUCUCUGUUCGCACGCAGCAUCAAUCAUUGCCCUUGGCCGAGUGCUUACCGGGGUCAUGCCCGAGACCAUUGACGCGGAAGACUUCCGAGCCUUCACCUGCGGCUUGAGUGUGUACCGGAGAAAAUCGCCGUCCGCUUGGGAACGAGCGUCAGGAACCGAUGGUCCUGGUCCUGGUCAUGGCGCUGGGGCCGACAGCAACUCUUGGAGAAAUGGCCGUGGAGUUGGAGGUGGGUGGGCUUGUGAGCUCAACAGUGAUUGCAGCUUCUUGAGUGGAGGCGAAGAGAGGGGAUGGAAAUUCUCAGGUGAUGAAUCGUUUUCCGCGGCCGAGAAAUCGUCGCAGGUGGACGCUGGCGUAGCACUGGGCGUGGUGGUGGAAGGAAAAGUAAGACCUGACAAGGCACCCUCCUACAGACCUGCAGGUCAUCAUCGCCUCUAG